GUAUUCCUCGUUGCUUCAAAGGGAUAGCGUCUAGGAAUUAAUUCUGUUAGUCAACAGAUUACAGACACCAGUUUAGCUGCGUCGCAUAGGACGACACACACAGCCGCAAGUGAUAACAGUUAUAUGCGUGUUAACUGGAUUUGGCAGUAGCUUCAAAGCUCAGAAAAGCAGUGAGUUAGUUGUAACAGAUAGCCCUGCCUGACCUCUGCCUGUCUGGAUGAGGCAUUCUGGCUUCUGGAGAAAGAAGUGGGAGGUUUGUGAUGGAGAGAGCGCUAACAGCCGCCCCAUUUUGUAGCAUACGGCCCGCAAACAUGGGCUGACUGCAGUUAAUGUAAUAUUUACACUCCCGGAAUGAAAUAUUGAGCGUUGCUCUCAGCGGCACUGGCAUUAAUGGGAGAUUAAGGCAUAGAGAGAGCGUUGCCCGUCUAAUGAGACGAAGUUUGAGAAAGCAUUUGGAUAAUGUGAGUGCAGGAAGCACGGCAGCAUGUUUUUCUAUUCUGGUGGAGGCAGGGUUUAGUUGUUCUUUUCUUUUUUUUCCUUUUAGAUGAAAAGUGACACUGUCGACCAUAAUGCGAGAUCUAUUUUUCUGAGUAACUUAGAUAUGUUGCUGAAUGAUGGGGGCUGCAGGCUAAAGCUCACAGCAUUGCAUCCCUCUUUUUUUCCUUCUUCCCUUCCUUCUCAAUUCUUUAUCAUCCUCUGUCUGCCUCAUUGACAUCCACAUGAACUCCCUGAACUGCACAGCAUCUCUCUACUCCCUCUUUUUUAUCUCCCAAAUUCCACUCUAAACACGCUUUAGCAUACUGCGAGUAACAUUGAAAACAGAUGCACGGUGCAAACUGUAGCUGAAAUAAAAUAAAAGAAUGAUCCUGCAGCACUUCAUAAAAAUGUAUCUUAUUAAUUAUCGCUUUGAAAACAGCUCUCUCUGAGAUCAUAGGAAGCUGUAAAGUAUUUUGCAGCUUACAUCAGUAGUUUUUACCACAUAUUGACACAUGAUUAAUAAGUCUAUGAGGUGCAAUUCCUGGCUAAAUCCCUGGCUUUGUUUCUCCAGCUGGUCUAAAACAAAUGAAGUAAAUUAAUGUGUGGUUUUCUUUGCAGGUGUGUAUGGAGGAGCAGCGAUUCGAGAAGCUAAUGGAGUACUUCAAGAAUGAGGACAACAACAUUGACUUCAUGGUGGCGUGCAUGCAGUUCAUCAACAUCGUCGUGCACUCAGUGGAGGACAUGAACUUCAGGGUUCAUCUACAGUACGACUUCACCAAGCUGUGUUUGGACGACUACUUAGAUAAACUAAAGCACACAGAGAGUGAUAAGCUGCAGGUCCAGAUCCAGGCUUACUUGGAUAAUGUGUUUGAUGUGGGAGCGCUGCUGGAGGAUGCGGAGACCAAAAAUGCUGCCCUGGAGCGGGUGGAGGAGCUGGAGGAGAACAUAUCACAUAUGACAGAGAAGCUGCAGGACAUGGAGAAUGAGGCCAUGGCCAAAAUUGUAGAGCUGGAGAAGCAGCUGAUGCAAAGGAACAAGGAGCUGGAAUCCAUCAGGGAAGUCUAUAAAGAUGCCAGCUCGCAGGUGCACUCGCUGCGACAGAUGCUGAAGGAGAAGGACGAGGCCAUCCAGCGACAAAGUAAACUCGAGAAGAAGAUCCACGAGCUGGAGAAGCAGGGCACCAUCAAGAUCCACAAGAAAGGAGACGGAGACAUCUCAAUCCUAACGUCGCCGCCCUCCGCUACGGAGGGCUCGCCGGGCUCCGUGAUCGGCGGAAACGGUGUAGCCGUCAGUCCAAACCAUGUUGCACUUACGGCGGGCACACCUGUUCCACCUCCACCGCCUCCUCCGCCCCCGCCGCUUCCGAUGAACGGCACACUGUCAAACGGACCAACGUCAACAAUUCCAGCAGCAGCUCCCCCGCCUCCGCCACCACCCCCCCCGCCUCCCCCGCCACCCCCCUCUAGACAUUUCUAAAAAUAUCUGUUUUCU